UUUAAUGAAUUUUGUAUCAACUGGCAACUAAUACAUAAGUUUCCAAAGAUUGCCAAAGACUUCAGCUUCUUAAAUGCAAAAAUGCAAAAAUACAAAGCUCCUAAAGAACAGAGACUGUAUGAUAAGAUCUUAAGCUACUAGGCCUACCUUUCCUCUCAGUAUUAUUACCAUGACCUUCAAACUUGACUUACAAAACCAAAAUUCUUAGAUGUACUAGUAUCCUUACUUCUUUACAUCAUGACUACUUCUAUAACUUUUAUCUAUAAUUCCUGCCUCAGAUUUUUGAACUUAUUCCGAUUGGAAUAAUAACUUUGAGUAGGCCUGAGAGACAAACUAUAUAUGGAUCCUGAAGUCUGACCCAAACAGAUGGUGACUUCCUCCGACUCUUUACAGGCUCAAAAUUGAUAUGGAGAAUACCAAGAGCCAAUUGAAUGGGCUUUUCAGAGAUUCAACUCAACAAAGUUUCAUAAACAAUUCGUUCACUGAAGUGUUCAAGAUCUCUCAAAGUCGAUUAUGAAAAAGACCCAGACUAAACCUCUGCUUACUAAUCAGAAAGUAAAGACUCUAGAGAUUAUAGAAUUGAUCCAAGGAGUUCAGGAGUGCAAUAUAGCUCAACCAUCAGUGCAAGUCAAUUCUCUCGAAAUCAAUAAAACUGCAUCAAAACAUGUAAAUAUGCUGCAGAGAACUCUGAUGCCUCCUCCAGACCCCAAAGUUAGUCCUUUAAAUUGUAAAAGAAGUAUUGGAGACCAAUCGGAGCUUAAAAAGGAACUAACUAAGCCUGAGAAUUUAAUAGAAAAAGACACGCAACUGAAGUCAAAGCUUCAAAUUGAAGAAGACAAGCAAGCUCAGCCUGACGAUGACUUCGGAGUUGAAGAAGCUGAUGAGAAAGCUCAAUUCAACUUUCCUCUUUCACCUAAGGACAAAAGGAGAAUGAUUAGAUGGGGCAAAUGCCAAGAUAAGAAACUCUUCGCAGCUAUUAGAUCUCUUGAGAAGCAGGGGGUUCUCCAGCUUGAAAGCCUCCUCGCAAUGAAUGCUGAAACUGAAGCCGACAGUAACCAAGGAGUGGCAGCUUUGGCUGAGAAGAUCCAGUGGAAAUGCAAAUUUAAAAAUUUGGUCUACAGAGUCAAGAAAUUAAGUAACAAGAAGUUCUCCUUUAGAGAAGUCAAGGCUUUAAAGAGAAUCAUCAAGAAAGAGCAAGAGCAUGGAUAA